AUGAUACCAAAAUUUCCAUACGAAAUUAUAUCUCUCAUCGCUUCCCAUCUCGAAAGUUACGAUCAAUCAACCUGUGCCCUAGUCUGUAAACAGUUGACAGAGCCAUUUCAAAAUGCUCACUGGUAUCGCUUGGAUAUGAACAAUUACAUAAUAAAGGGAUUUUUUAAUAAAUCACAGAACAACACGUAUUUAACCAAUGCCCAUCGUGUGGUCGAGCUGACAAUUGACGGCCUAAACGAACAUUGCGAGAAAUACUAUUUAAAAAUGCAGCAACUUUACCCUGAUAUAAAACGCCUUGAAUACUAUGAGUCAUCUCAAACCAACCAAAUUUUAAAAAUGAUUAAUUGGAACUCUUGGAAAACAUUAUCACAUUUGAAGAUAUCGUUUCAUUUCAAAAUCAUUAUUGUACCGAGAACCCUUUUUACAAAACUGUCGGUAUUAUCUUGCCUUACUCAUCUUACGCUACAUUCAAUAUUGUCAGUGUGGGCCGUCUAUAAAAAUCAGGCGCCUUUUUCAUGGUUGGACAUUGAACUACUUCAUACUUUCUUACCGCAGCUGGAGGAUCUAGACGUUAAGUUUAUGCUUACACCAAUACCAAAGCAAGACAUAAAUAUAAUAAGACGCAUUACCCCGGCAUACACCAUAAAAAAGUUUUGCUGUAGCAACCAUUAUAUCAAUGCUUACUGGAUGUUCUACUUUGCGCUCAAGUAUCCAAAUUUACUCGAGAUUGAGCUUGAGAUAGAUGGCUUAGGUAUCUCAGAAAGGCCAAUAACUCAAAAAGAAGACUAUCAAAACGAAAUCCAACUAUUAUCGACGCUUGACCGAUUCUUUCCUUGUUUAAAAAAGACACGUGUCCGUGCGGAAUCUUUUAAUGAGUGGAGAUUCUCUAUGUUUUUUGAUACUCUUUUGUAUUUCAACGUAAAUAUAGAGACUGCUAAGCUCUCUUAUUACGAAAAGUGUACAAUUGAGCCGAAUAAACCCAAAAGUCUCUUGAGCGUUACCCCGGAAUCACUGAGAGUUUUGUGGAUAGAACUUUUGUAUUUUUCGGACGAGGAACCGAUUACUAAAAGAUUCGUUCUAUAUCUCGGCCUAGUUGAGUUGCACUUUGAAGUUUAUGUUCAGAUUGAAAUAGACGUUAUCCUGGAUAAAUGCCCAUUAUUGCGGUUGCUGUAUAUAAAGUCUGGCAAAGUCUACCUCUCUGAACAGUCAAACAACAUCACUGGCCCACACCCUUUACGAAGAUUGAAUCUACAAGGAAUCAUAUCUAAUACCCAAGUUUUCGAAUAUAUAUCCUUCCGUUGUAAGAAACUUUCAUUCUUGAAGUUAAAUUCUGUUGACUUUAAAGAGUUUGCUCUCACGGAAACCAGACGGCUGCUUUUUGACAUGUCAUUCUCUCAACUGGACACACUCAUAAUUUGCAAUAUCAGAUUAAAGUAUGACAAAGUCAAGCAUUUUAUCAUUGAACAAGUAAGCAAUGUCGAUGAUGGUUCAUUGGAUUUGGAUUACCUUGAGGGACCAGCUCAAUCAAGCUGGUAUUAUAUACACUUGGACCCAGCAAGAGCAGAAAAAGUACCGUGUACAUGGAAACUUGAUGAAUCUGAUAUCAAAUAUGCUCAGGAAUACUGCAAGAACAUCAAGAAAGGUAGCUUUUCUGGAAUUUCUAUCGGAAGCAUGGGAGAAGCCUAUGGUGGUUAUGAAUCAAAAGACUUUUGGAAGAAAGAUCUUCAAAAUGGCAUCUUCGUUGUUCGAGUCCAAUCUGUUAAAGAUUAUUAUCUAGAUACAGAGAAAAUUGAAAGCAUGAUAUGUAUGCUUUAA